AUGCAUAAAGCUAUUAUGUUACCGGAACUUGUGGCCUGUAUCUGCGCUCACAUCGACACAAAAGCUACUCUAGCAGCUCUCGCGGCGACAUGCACGAUUUUCCACCAUCCCUCUCUCGGCCGACUUUGGUCAGGCGAUCUCGGUCCUAUCACGUUGGAGGACCUUCGAAAAGUUCUUCCUAGUGCCUCUGAGGUAUUAAACUCCAGAGGCGCGAUCACCGAUCUACAACUUACCCAGCAAGACCGGGAUCAUUUCCUCAGUUUCACCUCUCGAAUAUGCCAUUUCCGCCUGGAAAAUUCAAUAUACUACUACAACUGGUCGCACGAGGCUGCCUUUGUCAAGCUUGUGCGGCCUCCGCUUGGCAUUGAGAGAACCUUUCCGAAACUGCGGCACCUCACCAUUAGCGCGCUCGAGCCAGAGAUCUUGUCAAUCUACAUCCGGUUCAUCUCUCCGCGGCUCUUGUCGCUGAAGAUACAGUGUCUCAGAUCGGGUCCGCACAUCAUGAUGGACGCGGUCGCGAAGAGGUGCGGGCAGCUGCAGAGCUUGGACGUGGACAUGAUGUACGACGAAGUCGCGGAGCCGCGCAUGGUCCAGGCGGUGUCUGCUGCUGUGGUGCGGCUUCCGGCGCUCCAGACUCUGCGGUGUCCGGAUCUUGAGGUUUCUGCUUUGGAGUUUCUUUCGAAGUCUGAGUGCUUUCGGAAGCUUGAGUUGACGGAGAACGCAGUGGAUUCGAGGGAGCGCUGGGAGCAGUUGACGACUCGCUCGUCGUAG